UCCCUUACGUGUACCUCAUGGUUGCAUUGUUUGAAGAAGCCGAUGAGUCGACCGCCCGAGUUUCUCUUUACAGCAUGAUUUGAGCGAGGGUUAGUGAUCGCCUUGGUAUGAAGGCAGCGCUGCUCAUGGGUUCCAUCCCAAAUGUAAUUUUGGUUCUUACCUUCGAGACUUCAUCCUUAUUUAUUCAAGUCAUGAUUUCCUGGGUGCUCGGGGGAUUCAUGUAUCCUAAUGUUGGAAUAGUCCAGACUUGCAUCGUGGAGCAUACGAAUACCAAGGAGCACCUAAGUCAGUGUUUCAACCCGAUACACCGAAAUGGGACUAUGAAGAGCUCGCAAACAAGUCAGUCAAGGUAUUCUCAUCAGUAGCUUUCUCAAUGUCUUAGGCGAAAUCACUGUUUUUUCGUCGUCAUGCCUUAUGCCGGGCUGUCUGAGCACAGCACCGGAACCGUCCAUUUUGUUCCCGAAAAUAAAGACAUAUAUCUAACGGUAUUGAAGUGCGCGAUGCUGACAA